AGGAAAAGUGAGCACAGUUAUCUGUCCCAUCCUCGGAUAAUUCCUCUACUGGACUUUUUAUGCGUUUCAAAACGUCUUUUACCAGCGACACUGUUUAUUUUUAUUCCAGUUAUUUACAUUUUCAGCAGCUUUAUUACUGACAUUUGGAGCGCAACAACUGUGGAGAAAGUCAAUUUAUCCAAGACGGUGUAAGAAAUCAGCGGCUGCGGACUCACCCACGCCAAAGAAUAUGAUGGAGUCAAAUUGUGCUUUGCAUUGUAACAGCAGUAUAGCCUAAACUAAUGGAAUUGGAAACCUUUUUUUCCUCUCGGUGAAGUUCCUUUUGUUUCCCUAUGAUGGACGGCGGACAGUCGCCGAGGACUUCCACACCUGACUGUGCAUCUUUUACCAACACAUGAGAAGAGGAAAUCAUGAUCUGUCUGAAGAAUUAUCGGCUCUUAUCAGACACCGGCAGGGCGAUGGGGAGCAGAAACUGGUCCAAAAGGCAACAUCACUCCAAACCCAUUUUUGUUUUGCUGCUGCUCAUUUUUACGCCGAGAGUGGAUUCGUCGUGGUGGUACAUCGGAGCACUGGGCGCUCGGGUGAUAUGUGACAACAUUCCCGGCCUGGUGAACAAGCAGCGGCAGCUCUGCCAGCGGCACCCGGACCUGAUGCAGUCCAUCAGCGAGGGGGCCAAAGAGUGGAUCAAGGAGUGCCAACACCAGUUCCGACACCACCGCUGGAACUGCAGCACGCUGGACCGGGACCACACUGUGUUUGGCAGGGUAAUGCUGCGAAGCAGUCGAGAAGCAGCGUUUGUGUAUGCCAUCUCUUCAGCCGGGGUGGUCUAUGCUAUUACCCGGGCCUGCAGUCAAGGGGAGCUGAAGAUCUGCAACUGCGACGGCCACAAGCGCGGGCAGGCGAGCGACGACAGGGGCAGCUUCGACUGGGGCGGCUGCAGCGACAACAUCAACUAUGGGAUUAAAUUUGCCAAGGACUUUGUGGAUGCUCGUGAGAGGAUGGUGAAAGAUGCUCGGGCCCUGAUGAAUCUACACAACAACCGCUGCGGUCGGAUGGCAGUGAAGCGCUUUAUGAAGCUGGAGUGCAAGUGUCACGGGGUCAGUGGUUCCUGUUCUCUGAGAACCUGUUGGCUGGCUAUGUCUGACUUCAGGCGAACUGGAGACUACCUUCGCAAGAAGUACAACACGGCCGUCGAGGUGACAAUGAACCAGGACGGCACCGGCUUUAUGGUGGCUGACAGGGACUUCAAGGGAAGAACCAAGAAUGACUUAGUCUUUGUCGAGAACUCUCCAGACUACUGUCUCAUGGACCGAGCGGCGGGCUCCCUGGGCACAGCUGGCAGAGUCUGCAACCGGUCGUCCCGAGGCACCGACGGCUGCGAGGUCAUGUGCUGCGGACGGGGCUACGACACCAUGCGCGUCAAGCGUGUCACCAAGUGCGAGUGCAAGUUCAAGUGGUGCUGCGCAGUGGAGUGCAGAGACUGUGAGGACACUGUGGACGUUCACACCUGCAAACCCCACAAGCGACCCGUUUGGCUGGGCGCGACUUAAAGAGGAGGCCCGGUCAAACGCAAGCACAAAUGACUCGGUAACCUCGGCUCUAGUGACUUCCUCUUAAGUGGGAUCGACUGUUACAACCGCCCUGGCUUUCGUUGGCCCGACACCUUUGGAAGCAGAGACGUUUCAAGCUUUCUUUGGAUGUUGGUAACGCUGCAAUUAAGCCCGGAUACAGAGCCUCUGCUUAAAAGAGUGUUUCAACAGCAAUAUGUUGAGAAUUUGCAAAAACAGAUUUUGAAUCUUUGAUAUGAAUUGUUUGAAUUUAUCAUGCUAUUGUAAAUGCAUCCUUGGCUGGGGCAGAUAUGAGACGCCUCUUUGUUUUUCACUAAGUAAAUAUUGUGAGUGUAAGGCAUGAGAAAGUCAACCAAAACAACGGUAAUAUUUAGUCUGAAGCAAGAGAGAAAUAAACCCCCCUGGGGUUUCUUCAUUUAAAAUGACAAGAAGUCAUUGUUUGGCACUGUAACAAAUCACUUCAAGUAUGACAGACAGUUGCUGCUUUUGUAAUUAGAGUCAGAUAGCGACACUGUGAACUGAAAGAAAGAGUAACACGAGAGCAAGUGAAGAGAUGUCAGUUAAAUGGAGGCGGUCUGGCAGCACAGUUGGGAUUGAGACAGUAGAUUAUCGCACGAACAGAGACAUGUUUUGUACAUUGUGCUGCAGGUAUAAGUGCAGUAGCACAUCUGAUUGCAUUACAUUAUGGCGAACCUUCUCACUUCUACCUCUGGUUCUUUGUAUUUGCUUCUAUUUUUAACAAUAUUUUUAGGCGAAUGCUGAAGACUGUGCAGACUGACAAGAGUAUAAUGAUCAAAUAAAAAUAGGAAAAUAAAAAAGCAGCAGCUAUCAGUUCAUUUCAAUGUUUUUACUGUAAAAAAAGGCUCUGUUAAUACUUUUAGCUCCUGUUGUCAAUCUCAAAACUAUUUGACAGACUUUAUCUUAACAUUUUAAGGAAGAAUUUCUCAUUACUUUGCCUUCAUUACAAAAAAAACCACCCCAGCAUGUUUCUUCUCUCUUCACACUGUGACAGACCACAUUCAUAAUGCGAUCUUAUGAAACUGUGCUUUUGGCCCUUGACGCACGUCCAUCACCUCCGAGUUGGCUCGUGAGAAGUGGAUCAUUUCACAAAACCGAGCCAAGGCAUUGCAAAGAGAGCAGUUGAAAUAUCUUCAACGUGACUUUCUAACAUCUGGAAAGGCGGCCAGACGCAGCGCUAGGGCCUUUGGAGACACAACCCUUACAGGGGUUUACAGAUCUGAAUGAAUGUGACAACGAGCUCCAAAUGCUACAAGAUGAGAAAUGUUUCAGGUCCACGUAAUGAGAGAGAAAGCCAAAGUAAAGCGCUUUGAUCAAGGCCAAGUGACACACAAGUCAAAAGUUAAUUACAAGCAAAAAAAAAGAAGAAAAAGAAUGUUUUGAAUGACAAUAGGAGAUUUGUUUUUCUUUAAGAUUAGAACAGUGAAUUUACAUUUUAUUCCUAAAUAAUGUUGAAAACCAGUGCGGUUUACAGUCAUCUGUGUGACGGUUAUGAUAUUUAGAAUAAUAGUUUUCAGAUGUGUUUUUUUACAGCCAACGAAAGAAACUUUUCAACAGACCAUUUAAUCAAGAAUGAGGCCACUUUCUUCUUUUUUUACAUCCGUGUGAAGCUUCUAGUCUACGACGGAGUAUUAGGGCCAAACUAAGACAAAAAAAAAAUUGGAAAUUACGAGAAUAAAGUCAUAAAAUUACGAGAAUAAAGUCAAAACCUAAUGUUGCGAGAAUAAAGUUGUAAUAUUACGAGAAUAAAGUCAAAACCUAAUGUUACGAGAAUAAAUUUGGAAUAUUACGAGAAUAAAGUCGUAAUAUUACGAGAAUAAAGUCAUAAUAUUAUGAGAAUAAAGUCAUAAUAUUACGAGAAUAAAGUCGUAAUAUUA